ACAGAGACCUUUGAUGAUGCAUUCAAAUGGAUGAAAAUAAUUGAUGAAUUUGAGGAGAAACAUUUCGCGUUGAAGGCGGAGUAUCGGGUGAUAGGGGAGUUGAUGAAUAAGUUGAGAGUAGCUGAAGGAAAGGAGAAAUUUCUUCUUCAGGUGAAGUUGAAUAGGGCAUUGAGAAUGGCAGAGGCGAGGGAUGCCUUUGAUCCAAAUGAUCCAGCCAAUUAUGGGAUCAUCGAGCGUGAGGAUGAUGGUGGAUCUGUUGAUCGUGAGGAGGAUCGUGAGAAGGAGGAGGAUAAAGAAACUAAAGAAAGUGAAGAGAAAAUUGGCUUAUUCGAGUUUGAUAAUCUGAAACAGAAGGAUAAUAAAUAUAUGGAAAGGAUGAAUGAAAUAGAUAAAAAACUUGAGGAGAAACUGGCAGUGUUGGAUUAUACUUUUGGAAGGAAGGGGAAACUAUUGGAGGAGGAAAUUAGAGAUCUUGCGGAAGAGAGGAACGCAUUGAUCGAACAGAAGAGACAGCCUCUUUAUAGGAAGGGUUUUGAUGUUAGGCUGGUCGAUGUGAAUAGGACGUGUAAAGUUACAAAGGGUGGACAAGUUAUCAAAUACACUGCAAUGUUAGCUUGUGGGAACUACAAUGGUGUUAUUGGUUUUGCUAAAGCAAAGGCUCCUACAGUUCCGCUUGCUCUUCAAAAGGCAUAUGAGAAGUGCUUUCAGAAUCUGCACUAUGUAGAGCGGCAUGAGGAUCAUACAAUUGCACAUGCAAUUCAGACAUCGUAUAAAAAGACUAAGGUGUAUCUUUGGCCAGCUCCCACACAAUCAGGGAUGAAGGCAGGCAAAACUGUGGAGUUGAUUCUUAACUUAGCUGGUUACAGGAAUGUGAAAUCAAAGGUUGUUGGUUCAAGGAAUCCCCACAACACUGUGAAGGCUCUCUUCAAGGCAUUAAAUGCGAUUGAAACUCCCAAAGAUGUUCAGGAAAAGUUUGGCCGAACUGUGGUUGAAUCAUAUCUACUGUGAUAGGUUUACAAAGAAACAAUAUUAUCUGUGGAUAGAUUAAUCUCUUGAGCAUUUAGGAUGACCAAGCUGUUAUUUUCUGAAUCGAGGUUAUAUAAUAGGGAAAACAAACGACGCAGUGCCGGUGGCAAAAAGAUGCUGAAAGGAGAACCACUUUGCUUUUCUUUUUGAAAUGUGGAAUCAAAAUUGCUGAAAUUGAGGAGCAUAAUCAAUAAAUGCUUUUAGUUUUGCAUAGUGAACUAUUCAUACCAAAAUCAUUUUUCUUGAUGCAGUUGCAUAUUUUAGUUGAUUAUGGUUUUAAGCUUAUGCUCUUUCUCUGUCUCUCAUGAAUUGUGUUGAGGAUAGGAAAUAACAUUGAUUUGGGCACUUAAUUUGUAAGAUUUAGAUUCCAUUCCACAGCUUCACUUGGUGUAGUUUUGUACCAGCUCUUUUAGAUAUGUAUUUUUCCUUCAAAUUAUAAACGUUUAGAGUC